AUGGAAGGGAACGAGUCGAGUGCCGUUUGUGGUGGAGUUGUUGGUUUCCUGACAGCUCAGUCGAAAUUCUCCAGUCGGUUUCCGUUAGAUUUGGGAAGAAGAUGGUCAGAGUUUGUGUUUUGCGGACGAACAGUCCCCUGUGACCGUGAUGGACGAGAGUCGACAAAACAAGGCCGGAGACUGUUAAAAGUAUGCUUCAGCUGCCUUAACGUACUUCACAAUGGCCAUCAGGGAGCUGAAAGUUUGUCUGCUCGGGGACACAGGCGUGGGGAAAUCAAGCAUCGUGUGUCGUUUCGUACAAGAUCACUUCGACCACAACAUCAGUCCAACGAUAGGUGCAUCUUUUUAACUAAGACAGUCCCCUGUGGAAAUGAACUUCACAAGUUUCUGAUCUGGGACACUGCAGGGCAGGAACGAUUUCAUUCGUUGGCUCCCAUGUAUUACAGGGGCUCUGCAGCGGCCGUCGUUGUUUACGACAUCACAAAGCUUGACUCUUUCCAGACGUUGAAGAAGUGGGUGAAGGAGCUGAAGGAACACGGGCCGGAGGAUAUAGUCGUGGCUAUAGCAGGAAAUAAAACCGAUCUGGGAGAUAUCAGGGAGGUUCCAACUAAAGAGGCAAAAGAUUUCGCAGAGUCAAUUGCAGCCAUAUUCAUGGAGACCAGUGCCAGAAAUGCUGUAAACAUAGAGGAGCUGUUUCAGAAAAUCAGUCGACAGAUCCCUCCGCUGGAGAACACAGACGCCGACAGCCACGAGUCCUUUAAACUGACACGACAGCCUCCUCCCUCCAGCAGACGCUGCUGUUAGACAUCACUACAAACACCCUACAACAUGAUGGUAUUUGACCCAUGCGAUACCUAGACGAGGAUCGCACGACUGAUAGACGUACAGGAAACAAAGCAAUUCUGCCUAACAACCGUUUCAUACCAAGUCGGAAUAUGGCAUUGACACGAGAGUUAUCGCCACGUGGAAUCGUUUCGCUUAAAAAGCCUUUUUAAAUGCAGAAUUGUGACAAAUAAAAACGCUAGUAGUUAGCACAAAGUUUACACAAGAAUAAGUGCCUUUAGAAAACGCCAUUUUUAUGUUUGGCAUUGCCGUUUUGAUACGUAAAACGUUUUAAAGAGGUUAAUGUGGCUUUAUUUGACCACUUACGAUGAAGUCUAGAGGAAAGAAAGACGUUCGCUGGUGUGUCGGUCACACUUCGUAUUACAGUGUUUAUUGUAUUAUGUAUUUACAUACCACUAGUGCUUCGUACUAAUAAAGUGUGUGUUAAGUA